UCUUUGUUCCUAAUCUAGUACGGAAUACCGAUUACGAACUUCACAAUACACAUAACCUCUUUGACUUGAAACCUCGUUGAUUUGUUGUUUGUUCCUCUAAUUACAAGUGUAAAUUGUGCACAUUUCAACUUCAUCUACACUUCUAAACCUUCCCCCUGUUUUAUUCCAACACUCAAUCAUCAUCAUCUUCUUCUCAACAAUCCUUUCUUCACCUUACUCAAUCUCAAAUUUUGAAAAAAUAAAAUAAAAAAUGCUCAGAAUUUUAUCCCGCAAAAGAUGGAAUCUUCUCAAAAUUCGCCAAUACAACCCACCAAAUUUCUUCAAUCCCUCAAUAUCAUCUCAUCAAUUUUGCCCCCAAUUUGAUUUUUCAUCAUCUGGGUGUUCCCAAGUUCGAUUUUUUUCAUCAGGGUACUCAUUAAUUCGCGGUAAUUUUGAAAAUUCAUGUCGAAUUGAAGGUGGGUUUUUGAGAAAUUUCAGUUUUGUUGGAUCAAAGAGGAGGUUUUGCAGUGGUUCGAGCCGAGAAUCAAUGGAAUACGACGUCGUUAUAGUGGGAGCUGGGCCUGCUGGGUUAUCUGCUGCUAUAAGAUUGAAGCAACUUUGUAAGGAGAAGGAUGUUGAUUUAUCAAUUUGUGUUGUUGAAAAAGGGGCUGAAGUUGGAGCACAUAUAUUAUCUGGAAAUGUCUUUGAGCCACGAGCAUUGGAUGAACUCAUUCCAGAAUGGAAACAGGAACAGGCACCUAUUGAUACUCCCAUUUCAUCUGAUAAGUUUUGGUUUCUUACAAGGGAUCGUGCAUUGUCACUCCCAAGUCCAUUUGACAACAAAGGAAACUAUAUUAUAAGUUUAAGUCAGUUAGUACGCUGGAUGGCAACGAAAGCUGAGGAAUUAGGGGUUGAAAUAUAUCCUGGCUUUGCUGCCAGUGAGAUUUUAUACAAUAAAAAUCAUAAAGUUACUGGUAUAGCAACAAAUGAUAUGGGGAUUGCAAAGGAUGGAUCAAGGAAAGACAACUUUCAGCGUGGUGUAGAAUUAAAAGGGCGGGUUACCCUUCUUUCAGAGGGUUGUCGAGGAUCACUAUCAGAGAAAAUAAUAAAAGAGUACAAGUUGAGAGAGAAGGGGAAUGCUCAACAUCAGACUUAUGCUCUGGGAAUUAAAGAGGUGUGGGAAAUCGAUGCCAGCAAACAUCAACCUGGCUUUGUGCUUCAUACACUGGGUUGGCCAUUGGAUUACAAUACAUACGGAGGCUCCUUUCUUUACCACAUGAAAGACAACUUGGUAUCUGUUGGCCUUGUUGUUGCUCUAAAUUAUCAGAAUCCUUUCCUGAAUCCAUAUGAGGAAUUUCAGAAACUUAAACACCAUCCUGCAAUUAAACCAAUGCUUGAAGGUGGCAGCGUUAUCCAGUAUGGUGCUCGCACACUGAAUGAAGGUGGUUUUCAGUCUAUUCCAUAUCCAAUUUUUCCUGGAGGUGCAAUAAUUGGAUGCUCUGCUGGCUUUUUAAACGUACCAAAAAUCAAAGGAACACAUACAGCAAUGAAAUCAGGAAUGCUAGCAGCAGAAUCUGCUUUUGGUCUCCUGCAUGAGGGCUUGAUGAUGGAAGUGUAUUGGGACAAGUUACAGACUUCUUGGAUAUGGGAAGAACUUUACAAAGCAAGAAACUACCGGCCUGCUUUUGAUUAUGGGCUUGUCCCUGGUUUGACAAUGAGUGCCAUAGAACAUUACAUACUUAGAGGAAGGUCACCUUGGACUCUGAAGCAUGGAAAGCCUGAUCAUGAAGCAACUAAUGUGGCAAACUUGCAUUCUCCUAUUGAUUAUCCUAAACCUGAUGGAGUAAUCUCCUUUGACAUGCCAACUUCACUUUACAGGAGCAACACAAAUCACGACCAUGAUCAACCUGCUCAUCUUCGUUUGAAGGAUCCGUUGAUCCCUCAAGAGGUGAAUUUCCCGAAAUUUGCUGGUCCUGAAUCACGAUAUUGCCCAGCACGUGUAUACGAGUAUCUUCCUGAUGAUAGCGGCGACAUGAAGCUGCAAAUUAAUUCCCAAAACUGUCUCCACUGUAAGGCAUGUGAUAUCAAAGACCCAAAGCAAAACAUCGUGUGGAAAGUCCCAGAAGGGGGUGGCGGCCCGGGAUAUUCUGUAAUGUAGGAUACCGUAGUUCUCAAUUGUAACAGUCUAUAAUUGAUGUAAAUAAUAAUCUUAAUGUUAAGCUUUAUAUAUAAUUUUGAGAUUGCAACAGUUGCAAGGUUAGUCUUUGAUUCUGUUUAUUUUCUUGGUCCAAAACUCUUAAAAACCUGUAAUCUUAGCAAACACUUGAUAUGAAAUUUCUUAGAAAGAUAGAGAAAUUUUUUAUUAA